AUGCUGCAGAAUCUGACCCCGGCCAGAGCCGAGUGGCUACAGAAAACGGCUCUCCAGGGUGUGGAGGACCCUGGGCGGAGGACCUGGCCAGGCCCCUGGUGCCUGCGCUACCGCCCGACAGGGAAGCCCAUCCAGCCAUGCGGGGCUGGGGCCUCUGCCAAGGUGGACAGUGGCUGGGAGGUUCUGAACGCCCUGCGGCCGCUCCUGGCCAGUCAGGCGCGGAGCGUCGGGGUCGCGCUGUUCCACAGAGCCAUGCACCGGGGCGUGGGAACCCCGUGCUGGCCAGCACACAGACAUCUCACAGGAUCUCAGCACGGCCCAGGACAGGAGAGCAGCCCAGCAGGGGCUGUGCCUGCCCCACGGAGGACAGCAAGCGGGGGGCACAGACCCCAUGGAGGGCAGCAAGUGGGGGGCACAGACUCCGGGGGGACAGCGAGCUGGGGGAAAGACCCCACGGAGGACAGCGAGCCGGGGGGACAGACCCCACGGGGGACAGCGAGCCGGGCGGCACAGACCCCACGGGGGACAGCGAGCCGGGGGGCACAGACCCCACGGAGGGCAGCGAGCCAGGGAGACAGACCCCACGGAGGGCAGCGAGCCAGGGAGACAGACCCCACGGAGGGCAGCGAGCCGCGGGGACAGACCCCACGGAGGGCAGCAAGCCGCGGGGACAGACCCCACGGGGGACAGCGAGCCAGGGGGACAGACCCCACGGGGGACAGCGAGCUGGGGGGCACAGACCCCACGGAGGGCAGCGAGCAGCGGAGACAGACCCCACGGGGGACAGCGAGCCGGGGGCACAGACCCCACGGGGGACAGCGAGCCGGGGGGACAGACCCCACGGAGGGCAGCAAGCCAGGGAGACAGACCCCAAAGGGGACAGCGAGCCGGCGGGGACAGACCCCACGGGGGACAGCGAGCCGGGGGGCACAGACCCCAUGGAGGGCAGCGAGCUGGGGAGACAGACCCCACGGGGGGCAGCGAGCCAGGGAGGCAGACCCCACGGGGGGCAGCGAGCCGGGGGGUACAGACCCCCACGGGGGACAAGCCGGGGGGACAGACCCCACGGGGGACAGCGAGCCGGGGGGCACAGGCCCCACGGAGGGCAGCGAGCCGGGGAGACAGACCCCACGGAGGGCAGCAAGCCGCGGGGACAGACCCCACGGAGGGCAGCAAGCCGCGGGGACAGACCCCACGGGGGACAGCGAGCCAGGGGGACAGACCCCACGGGGGACAGCGAGCCAGGGGGGCACAGACCCCACGGAGGGCAGCGAACAGGGGAGACAGACCCCACGGGGGACAGCAAGCCGGGGGCACAGACCCCACGGGGGACAGCAAGCCGGGGGGACAGACCCCACGGAGGGCAGCGAGCAGGGGAGACAGACCCCACGGGGGACAGCGAGCCGGGGGGACAGACCCUACGGAGGGCAGCAAGCCGGGGAGACAGACCCCAAAGGGGACAGCGAGCCGGCGGGGACAGACCCCACGGGGGACAGCGAGCCGGGGGGUACAGACCCCCACGGGGGACAAGCCGGGGGGACAGACCCCACGGGGGACAGCGAGCCGGGGGGACAGACCCCGUGGAGGACAGCAAGCAAGGGGCACGGACCCCACAGAGGACAGUGA